GCAGCCCGAAACAAACAUGGCUGCGUCCUUACCACGAGGGAGAGGGAUUUUAGGUGGAUUUUACCAACUUUCGUCACAACAUGGUGUUGUUUGUAAAUGUAACACAAUUCGCCCGCUCCAUUGCUCAAUUGUUCUAAUGAAAAAUAACACAAUGCUGAAAAAAGCAGCAAAGAUGGUCGAGAAAACAGUAAAGGGUAAGAAAAAGAAUAAAAACUGGUUUCCUGACCACAUAGCCAAAAGCAAGUCUCUUAUGGAAAACAUGAACACCAGAAGUUCCUCCACCGAACAAGCAAAACAGAAAGCUCUCAAGGCAGCAGCCAACAUGCAUGCUCACAUCUCUGAUAUCAUCAACAGUGGACAGCUUGGGGACGAAUUGGAAGAUGUGCACAUUGCUAAGGUUGACAUCCCCAUUGAGUUUAGCGCUAUGAAAGUUCAUUGGGUUGCAACAGGUACCGAAAGGGAUAAUGUUAUACAAGAAAAGCUUACCCAACAUAAUAGGCAUUUAAGAGGCCUCCUUGCUGAGAGGAAUAUAACCCACAAAGUUCCUCCUAUCUAUUUCAUAAAAGACAACCUACAACAUGAAAAAUCUUCGGACAAUCUCUUUGACAUUGCGCGCAAGGAAGUUGAGACAUACUUCCAACAAGAAAACAUAACGGAAGAAGAAUUUCUCAAGCGUAUCACACCUGAUGCAGAAAAGGGUGUAGAAACUGUUACAACCCCAGGAAGUUUAGAUAAUUUCAAAUUUGACAAAAAUGGCAUAAGAAGAGAUGACAUGAUACAAAAAAUCCUUGCGUGUAAGACCAGGGAAGAUGGAAAAUGUGCCAUAGAGGAUGAACACCCAGAUGUCACAAGGACCAUCCGAAUGGGCAAUUGGAGGGAAUAUGUUGCACAGCAAAAGAAAUUUGCAGAAAUGUUCAAAGAGCAGGACAGGAAAACUCAUCAGAUGUUGAAGCAUGAGGGUAGCACCUUGUCACUCAUCGAAGCAGCCGAGGGGGAAAUUGGCAUUGGUGCUUCCGAAGAAAAGAUAACGCAUACUGAAAGAAAUGUUAGGGAACUCAGGAAGACACAAGACAGUAGAUUAGAGAGAUUAGCGCAACGUUUCACGGCCAAAGACCUGAUGGACUUCACGGACAGUGAAUAUGUGGGAUAUGAAAGUGACAGUAUUAAUGGACUGCAAGAGGCCAAUCCCUUUGAUGAGAGGGGUCUCUCAGAAGCGGGGACAGAUUCUUCCGAAGACUUUGCACAAAAUACAACCAACUCGGAGCACAGUCAAGCAGAAGCAACCACAGAGCAUUCCAGAAUCUGUGCACAACAUGGGCAUAAUUCUUUGUACAGUCUCUCGGAGACAAUUUUGGAAUUGCAGGCUGAGGGUGCUAUUAUUUGUGAAGAUCCGGAUGAAACUAUACCAAAUGUAAAAUGGUCUAAAGUUAUUAUACAGUGGGUAAAUGAUAUCCCUGUAUUUAUUGUGUCCAUGAAGGCAAAAGGUCAAAUAUUUAAGGGUAUUGGUGGCAGCUCUGUCGACGCAAAAUGGAAUGCAAUAGAAAAGGCUCUGGUCUCUUUGGCUCCAUGUAAGGAGGAAUUACAGUACAGAAUUGUCUCUAAUUAUGGACUGGAAAAGAAACCUACAUAUGUUGCAGUCCUAACAAUAAAUGAUAUGACGUUUGAGGGUGCAGGGAGCACCAAAUUAGAAGCUGUGCAGAACUCGGCCCAAACUGCUUUUAUGGCGGUGCUCCAUUUUCCAGACAUUUGUAAACCUUCUACAACAAGGGUGCAAAAGAAGAUCAAGAAGCCAGUCUCUUCUCCGGACAAGAUGGCUUACGUUAUUGAGAGGCAUAUUGGAAAGCACCAAUGCCAAAAAGUACCCUCUGAUCAUGUCUCGAAACUGGAAACAACUUCUGAAACCAUUGAAUCAAAACAUUAUCAAGCUGAUCCUUAUGUCCCAAGGAAGAAGUCUACAGGUGCACCUAGCAAGAAAAAAUAUGAAAAAUUGCCAAGAAAGAAAAAAAAUGAAAAUGGGAAAUCAAGAGAAGACAAAUACAAGACAAAGAUGACUGCCACUGCUAUAGAAUUUCUGGAAGAUGAAAAUUAUGUGUUGAAUUGCUUGACUGCUUCAUAUCCAAAACAGAGACAGCAAGAUGAACAAACAGAGAGGUGUAGUUCUGAAAAGAUUUCUAUGUCCAGUACUCAUGAUAAUGAUUACAUAGUGAAAAACAAUGCCAAAGGUGCUGAUGUUCGUUAUGACAUCAGCAUGAUUGAUACCUCAAAGUGUGAAGAUUUUGAAAAGUGGGAACCAUCGCCCAGUGAAGGUGAACAUGUAGACUAUGAUACCUACAAGAUGGAAGGAUCUGUGCAGGAACAGUUGCCUUCAGAGAAGGCACCAGAACCAAAGACAAAGAAAGCCAGGAAAUGUGGAUAUUGUGGAGGAUUAGACCAUAUCAAUCGCAUCAGCAAACAUGGAAUUCCUGAAUGCCCUCAGAGACGGCAAGCAGAAAGUGUGAUUAGUUCAACAGAAAGAGAUGGGAACUCUAUAUCAAGUCAAAAUCACGACAUUGAAGCUUUAUGAAAAUGUUUGAAACAAAGUGCCAUGUCUUUGAAAAAGUGUUUGGUAAAAGGUUUUUCACGAGGGUGAAAACCUUUUUUUGAAAACCAAAAAUUAUUGAUCAUGUAACAUUCUUUUCAAGUUUUAAUGAAGUUGUAUUUGUUAUGGUUUAAGGUUUUAGAGAAUAAUGCUUUGAAUAAUGAUAAUUUGAAUUGCCAAGAGGUUCGAUUCAAAAGAAAUUUUUGUCACUUUUUUUUAUUGGUGCUUCGAACUAUUGAUAAUUAAACAUAAGGCAUUUUGUAAUGGUUUUCCAGGUAGCUUUGACUGCUAACUUGAAGCAUUUAUUUAGUCCAUGACUUUAUAAUCUAUAGGCUUCACAGUUAAAAACUUGCAAGUGAUUGCCUUAAUUAACUUAUAGCACUGCCAGUAAUGGGUUUAUUUUAACCUGUGUUUUUUAAAUUUUGAUUUAACAAUUUUGGUAUAAAAAUAUUGCAAAUUUGGUGCAAAAAAUUACUGAUUUCAU